UAUUUCUAGAUAUGAUAGCAAGUAUGCCAAAAAUGUGGUCCGUCAAGUUGGAUCGAAGAUGCUUUUGUAUUUUAUAAAUUUAAGUACUUUACAAUUUACAUAUUCAUUAACACAUUUAAAUAAAAUAAUAAAUAAACCUUAAUUCAUAUUUAAAAUAAGAAGAAUGGCUUUCAUCGAUUCUUUAGAUUUGGAGACGUCACGAAGCAAGGCGAGCCGCGUGCGGUCCUGGUACCUGCUUGAGCAAUACAAGUCUCUAGAGCGACACCAACUCGACGCGGCGCAGAAGUUGCGGGAUCGCUCCUACCAGGACAGCAUACUGUUGAGAGAGCUCAGCGAACGCAGGCAGAGACGACGCGUCUUUGACGAGAUAGGCAUCUGCCAGAGCGACACGCAUCUAGAAAGGUCGCUCACAAAUAUCAAUACACAAAAUAUUAUUGAUUUUGAGAAUACGACAUACGCAAGCUACUAUGGAAGCCGAACAGCUGAUGAAGAAGACGAAAAAGCUUUCAAAGCAUUUAAAACUGAAGUCGCCUACGAAUCUAUUAGCGUAGAUGAUUCUAAACUGGAGUACCCAUUUGAUGAAAUUACUGAUUAUCCUAUAAAUGAUAAAGAUGAUGUAAAUUACACAGAGGGCUUUUCCAGCGUCAUUGAGAUCGUGAAAUCUCACGAGGUUCACAACGAUGAAAGGGAGUGGGUCAGGAGAGACUUAACAGAGAACCUUGGUUUACAGCUAGAGAUAGCGUUAAGAAAUAUCGAAGCCAUAGAAAAACUUGCCAUGCUUAAUACCACUGAAGGUAUCCGUGAUAACGUAUGCAAGGAUAAGGCUGCAACACCAACUUCUGUUUAUUCAGAACCUUCAUAUUUUGAUAGUGAGAUGAAUUCACAAGAUGAAGAACAAGAAGAAGUUAUGGGGAGUAAUGAUAUGGUUACUCUUUGGACUGGUCUGGUAUCUUAUGCCUGUCAAAUGAUGCAUUUAAACCAUGGUAAUUGCUGCAGCGAUUCCACCUCUCAGCUCAUGACCGCUGUCCUGGCCUUCGACAUUGUGAGACGUAGCGUCUGUAGCAUUUGUAAUAUGUUGCAGCAUUACGUCUCGCCAAUAAGCCAACCUAUUGAAAAUGAAGUUUGUGAUGUCCACAAUACGGAUAAAGAAAUUAAACAAGGAAAACAAAAUAAAUAUAGAAAAACAAAUUCUAAAAAGCAUAAGAUGUGGCGUCACUCUCAACAAGAAUCACCAAAGAAUCAGAGAAAAAGGCAGACAAUUAAAAAACACGACCGAUGCAGUGUCUACUCUCCAUACUCCUCCAGAUGUAAAGGGAAACAAAACAUUCAAUGUAACACAAGAGACCAAGAUGACUACGGACUUCGUUCUAAAAGAAAACCUAAAAAACACAAAGAAUGCCGAGUAUUUUACGAGAAACAUAUUUGCUGUCGAAAUUGCCGCUGUUGCUGUACCUAUCAUAGCAGGAGGGUCGCAAACCCCAUGCUCAAAGUAGUUGAAUUUAUAGAUAAAUUAGAUAUGGCCGGUAACUACCAUCGUUAAACUUUUAGUUAGGUACCUAUGUUAUUGUUUUGUGCAAGUGCUUGACUGUCCUAGUAAAUAAAUGUCAACUUUUAUAAA